AUGGCAGACAACGAAAAUAAUGAUGAUUAAGUGAAUUUGGAGGAAGAUCCAAUGGCAUUCUUACCAGCAGAUCAUGUAUUUUGACUAAUGUGAUAUAAUUAGCAUUUGCUGGCUCGUUUGCAAAUUGCAUUACAAAAAUAAUUGAAUGAUGAACAUUCAAGAGUAGAAUUAGAACUUGUUGAAGUGGAAGAUUAAUUAAAAAAGCUUGAUAGAGAAAAGGAAGAUAUUGGUAUAUGAAAUUAUUAAUAUAUUAGGUGUUAGAUUAUAUGGAGUUUAAUAAUAGUUAGCAGAGAAUUAAUAAAAUUUUGAAAAAGCACAUGAAAACUUUAAUUUUGUCUAAAAGUUGAGAAUAGAGAGUGAGCAAAAACUUAAAACAAUUAAUGACUUACACUUAUAAAAAAAGAAAGAAGUAGAUGAAUUAAGAAAAAAAUAUCUAAAAGCUCAAGAUGAAUUAUCGAAACUUACAAAAACUUUACAUACGAUUGAGAAUUAUAAUAAUUAAAUGCAAGCAGAAAUUCAAUAGACAAGAAGAAUUGUCUAUAGAGGAGAAGAAAAUGUGCAAGCAUUAGAGAAGGAUAAGAAAAAAUAAGAUUACUUAAUUGAUUAAAUGAAUGAAGAAAUUAAGAGAUUAACAGAAUAAAAGACAAUAUUGAUGGAUUAAUUGAUAUCUUAAAGUAAAGAGACAGAAAAUGCAAGACAAACUAUGAAGGAUGCUUAAGAUGAGAUGGAAAAGAUUAUUGCAUCUAAAAAGAACCUUAUGGAAAGAUGGUAAAAGAGUUUAGUAAGAAUGUAGAGAAUGGACAAUGCAUUAUAAGAAAUUAGAGAAGCUUAUAAGUAUAUUUAUAUAUAAAUAUUAUAAUAGAAAAGAAUCAGAAGUAAAUAUUUAAUUAGGAACUGAAUUAUAAGGAAUUAAUAAUGAAAUUAGAAAAGAAAAUACUAGAUCUGAAGAUUUGAUUGCUAUGAAAAGAAAAUUAGAAAAUUAAAAAUUGAAUUUAGAAAAUAGAAGAUAGGAGUUACUUGAAGAAUAAGCAAAACUUAAUGCUUAAGUGUUAUUAUUAAAUGAAUCACUUAAAUAAACAGAAAAUGAAACAAAAAAAACUGAUAAUGAAUAAAGAAAUGUAGAUGAAUAAAUGAAAUUAAUUGAAACUAAUAUUAUGAAAUUACAUACUGAAACUAAAAGUUUAUUAGAAGAUUUAUUAGAUUCAAAGAGUGAAAAUACUACUAUUGAAAAAACUGCAUUAAAUUUAUUAAAAUAGGCUCAAAUUAUAUAAUCUGAAAUUGAAGAAAAGGAAAUUGAAUUAGAAAAUCUUAAUAAUGAAAUUGCAAGAGUUAAAAUUGAUUAAUUGAAUACAGAAUAAUAAAUUGAAUAAUUAAAAAUAAAAAAGGCUGCUGUUAUUAAAGAAAGAGAUGAUAAGAAAAUUACAGUUGCUACUUAUGAAGUAUAAAUUAAAUAAGGUCAUGAAUUAAAUGAAAAAAAAUAACAUGAAGUUGGUAGAUUAAAUAAAGUACAUGAUGAAUUAACAAACAAUUCUUCAGAAGUUAGUAGAGGACCUUUAGAAGCAACAAAGUCUAAUCUAAAAAGAUAAUUUGAUGAAAUGAUUUAAUAAUGUGAAGCAAUGCAUAGAGAUUGGAUAAAGAAGCAAACUUAAUUGGUUGAAAAAACUAAAGAGUAUGAAACAUGUUCAACAGAGGUUGAUGAAUUAUCAAAUAAAUAAGUUAUUUUAGAAAAUAAAAAAAUGAGAUUAAAUUCAUAAUAUAAAUCUCAUGAAAGAGAAAUAAGAGAAAUCAAAAAUAGUCUUAAAAAUUUAUAGAAUGAUAUGAAUAAAUUAAAUGAUGAUUUAGCUAGAUAUUAAUUUAAAUAAGAAAAAUUAACAAAUGAAAAUAAUCAUAUUUAGAGUGAAUUCUUAGAGAAAUUAAAAGAAUUAGAAAAGGAAGCAGUAAGAUAUGAAGUCUAAAUUGAUAAAUUAAAGGAUAGCAAAGCAGAUUUAUUAAAUGAUAUAAUGGAAGCAGAAAAAUAAAUAUUAUUAUGGGAAAGAAAGAUUUAAUUGGAAAAAGAAAUGUAAGAAGCUUUAGAUCCAAAUGUAGGACAAAGUGAAUUAAAACUAUUAUAAAAAGAAAUACAUAAAAUGGAAUUAAGAUAAAAAGAAUAAAAGAAGAGUUAAGAAUAAAUUAUAAAAGAAAUGGAAAGAACUGUAUUUAAGAGAGAAACUAUCUAAUUAAAAUAUAUAAACAAAGAUAAAUCAUCAUCAUCAGGACCCAAAGAACUUAAACUUCCUCCUGUUGGAGCAAGUAAUAAUACAACUUAAGUUAAUAAAUAAAUCUAAACAUUAAAGAAUACAUUGAAUUAAACAUUAAUGAAUGGAUAAAAGAUUGAAUAAGGUAUUAGAGCAUAAGAAGAAUAACUAGAAAAUGUAAAUAUUUAUUAAUUAUAUAUAUUUAGCUUCAACAAUAAAUCUAAGAGGCUUCAUAAAAGUAAUAAUAAAUGGAAUAAGAGACAUAUGAAAACAAAUAAAAAUUAUAUUAUGCUAAAAAUGAAAAACUUUUGAAUGUAUUCAAAAUAAGUUAAUUAUAAUCUUAAGCUAAAAAAUAUGAGGAAUUAUUAAAUAAUCCAAAAUUACCUUUUCCUGAAUAAUAAAUUAGAUAGUAAAUUUCAUUUAAAUAAUUAUUAGAAAACUUGAAGAAUAAAAGAAUUUCACCAAUAAUAUUAAAAGUGCAUUAAACAAACUUGUUGAUGAAUAACCAUAAUUAUAAGAGAUCUUAACUCCAUUGUUAGAAUUAUGA